CAUAAGAAAAUGCAGCUGUAUUAACACGCAGAGCGGCCUUAAAGGAACGCUGGAAUAUCAGUAGUAUAUGGGUUCUGAUGUGUGUGGUUAUCUAGGCUGUGACCUGCUUAUGCACAUGCAACACUGGCUCACUACAGCUGGUCCAACUGGUCUGACGAGAAAAGAAAAAGGAGGAGGAAGCAGCGAGGAGGAGGGUUCACAGGAGGAAAUGCUGUGGUACAGUUAGAAAACAAGAAAUCUACAAACAGAAGAGGAGAACAGGGAUUGCAGAGAGACCAGAGUUAAAUUGUUAAGUUUGGUGAUGCUUAUUUUUACUAUACUGACACACCAAAUGUUUAUUUCACUUGUGAGAUCAUCUCUGACGAGGUUAUCCGACAUCCAAUCUACCUCAGCAGCUCCAGUUGGGAAACAGAAUUAGAUUCCAGCCGGCACUCUACCUCUAACAUCAUCCCUCCAACAUGAGCAAUGACGAGGAGAGACACAGCCAUGGAGCCAGGCAGGCCCCCAACGUCAAACCCACGCUCCACCAGACUGAGAGCAACAGCAAGGGCGACACGUGGAAGAAGGUCAGGCCUGCUACAGUGAGGAGGUCGAGGAGUACCGACUCGGAGAGGGGGGAAAGAGGCAGGAGGAGAGAACGAGACAGCAGGCACCAGGGAGAGGGGAGGCAGCGGGGGAGGAGUGAGGAGGCCCGGAGGAAGGUGAAACCCCCUGAAGAUGAUGUGCAGGACACUGAGUGCGCUGUGUGUUUUUGCACAUACGAUAACAUCUUCAAGACCCCAAAGCUGCUGGUGUGCGGUCACACUUUCUGUCUGGAGUGCCUUGCUCGCAUCAACGUGACCUCUCCUGAGCUCAAGACCCUGUGCUGCCCCGUAUGCCGUGAGCUGACCGAGCUCCCCCACGGCCAGGACCUGCCCCGGCUGGGCAACAAUGAGUACAUCAUAAGCAAACUCCCAGCAGACAUGCAGAGGGCACUGUCCAUCCGCUUCCAGCGUGGCAAGGGCAAACUGUUCCUGAAGAACCCUCCUCCCAAAAGCCCGAUCAGGUCUAACAUCCUCACCCUGCCUAAAAAGAGUCACGGUGGCCUGGUGACAGCAGGUGGUGACCUCCACUUGACCGCCAUGGAGCAGGGAAUAGCCCCGACCACUGUGGUGAACGUAGGCAGGCCUCCAAACAGGGUCAGAGGUCGCAUGCGCAGGUUGUUCCGCUCGGACCGGUGCUACUACGUCGUGGUGGGGUCCAUCGUCACCGUCACUGUGGCACUCAUGCUGGUGGGGAUUCUGGCCUUUGUAAUCAUACCGAAUGUGAUUGGACAGAGGCCAGCAGGGAACAACAUGUCACAGGGUACCGCAAAUACAGGCAAUCCAGGCAAUCCAGGAUUAAGACCCUGAAGGGGUCACAGGUGGGCAGGCUGUAAAGAUGAGACUUAAGGGGAGAAAGAGAAUAUGACUCCUUCUGAUUCUCAGUGAUCAUUUUGCCUGCUUUUGUUCUAUUGGUGAAUGAAAAACUUAAGCACUGGAAAACGUUCAGGCCAGGCCAGUUCAGUGAAGCGAAGGAAUGAAGGAAAACAAGGGCACCGAAAUUUUUUUUAAACGGACACACCAACUCAAAGUUGCACGUGGGAAAUAAACAGGGAGAACAGGGCAAACCUGCAAAUUUUUUUUGUUGUUGUUGUUUUUGCUCUUUUCUGAACAUGUUUGUAAUUAAUGUGAAAGCCAAAUAUAG